AGAGAUCUUCAUAUCCAGUCAAUAUUGUUUUGAACAAGCAGAGGAGUAGCUCACAGUGGAGAGACGCAGAGAUGGCUGUUGGAGAGGACUCUCAACCCCAGGUGUGAUACAUCACCUUUUACAAUUACAGAGACCUGACCUCUUGAAUCAAUUAUCUUAUUGGAAUAUCAGGAGAAUUUAGUUUUUGUGUGAUUCAUUAAUACCAAAAGGGUUAUAUAUGGUGUGUGUCCAGAGUAAUAACCUCAGUCUCCUGUUACAGCCUACAGAUGUGGAGCAGAGAACAGAGACUGAACACAUACUGAUCAAAGAUGAGGAGACAGCAGAGGACGUGUGGAAGACUGACCCUCAGGAAGAGCUUAUGAUCACUGGAGAGGGUGGGUGUGACCUUAUGGGGUACUGCUCUGUCUGUCUAUAAUUUGUUAGUCGCUCUGGAUAAGAGCGUCUGCUAAAUGACUUAAAUGUAAAUGUAAAUGUAUGGAAAACUAUGUAGGGGUACUGCGCUGUCUGUCUAUGGAAGACUGUGUGAGUGUGGUGGUAUGUACGUUCAGUGGCGUCAGUUCAGCUAAACCUAGGGCAGGGGCAGGGGUUCAUAAACAUGUUGAUAUCUGAAAAUUCUCGUGACCCCAACCAUGUGAAAAAAAGUAUGUAAUUAACAGCCAAUGUUAACUUUUUUUAUUUGCGGCUAUGGCAGUCAAUUGAAAAACAUUCUAACAGUAUUUCUGAUUGUCUUCUCAACACACCAUCACAUAUGUUUAAUGUGGGGCUAUGACAAUCAAUUGCAAAUUAGUCUGACAUAGUGUAUCAUAUCUCGCCACCACUAAUGAGAUGGGUGUUCUUGAUGCAUGUCGCGUUGGAGAUUCUCAAAGUCAGGGGGCGUGGUCGACAGUGCGCAACUCGUCUCUGCUGUCACAUCAACCUGGACGAGAACACUGAAUCCAGCUUCACACAGAUAUGAGCUUGCGAAGGGGACCAUGAGUGCUUUCAAGACAACUGGGAACUCGUAAAAAUACAAGGUCAAAUCAUGACGUCAGUGAUCUUCAGGUCGGAAAGUAGGAGCUCUAGAAAGAGGCCCGAGUUCCCGAGUUGGAAUUCCAAGGAUGUUUUGGGAAGUUUAAGAUAAUUUACUGCAUUUCUACAUAAUUUAAAAACUCUAAAAUGCUACUUGGAGGACAGCAAAAACAAACAAAAAUGACCAUAGCCAUUCAUUAUCAUCGCAAUGUUAGGUUUAAAGGUCUGUGGAACGGCAUAUACUGUACAAUAUCAACCACUACUCAACCUCAUCAUAAAUAGACUCAUUUACUUGUGGAAGGGCGCAUACAGUGCAACAUGAAAUAGAUGCAUAAUAGACAAAUUCCGACAUCCAUAGGUGGCACAUGAGUUUGAAGUUUGGGGAAGCUAUUUCUUCACCAUAAAAUUGCACCUUGAUAAUAAAGGAUUACAUGCAUCUAUUGUCGCAUUUGCAGACUAAUGUAAGAUAGGCUACUAUUCCUAAUGUGAUGAGUUGAUUGCAUAGUCAUAAUUUAAUAUAACUCAAUCACUGUUAGCAAAACAGAGAGUUUUGAACAAUGCAUGCCUGAGCACGUAGUGACAUAGAGUAGGCCUAAUCAGAGACGUUUCUUCUCCUUUCUUUGCAGAGGAAAAAUGUGGCCUUUUAUAAACACAUUUCAUGCAAUUCUACUAUACUUUAUAUGACUGGAGACAUAAGCAACAUCUUUUUUAAUAUGACACAAAUUAGUAGCCUAAUCUGCUUACUGACAAACAAACAUAUCAGUAAAAAUGUCCUUGUCUUGAAUGCAACCAUCUAAUCUAAGCCUAAGAAAGUGUGAGACAUAAAUUGUACAAUAUGACGCCCAUCUAGCCUGUAGGAGGAUAUUAUUUGUCACAACAACAAAAAACUUUACAGUGGUACUGAUCCAAUGAUAAAGACAGUGAAUAUACGCACUCACCAGGGAUAUGGCCGAUGCGCUCUGCUGGUGCCAUUUAAGAUAAGAGACUGUUCGCUCAAUUGGGAGUUGAGAAUUUGAUAACUAGAGACAGAUUAGUAUCUUUUCUUUGUCUUCUCUUUUCAGCAAUAGCCAUUUGCUUUCUAAACUAUGUUUUUCCUACGAUUUGUAUUUUAAAAUAUUGCGAUAGGCAUAUGCCUAUUUAACUGCUUUUCACUAACCACUGCAACUCGACAAUCAGCUAUUUUGUAGGAUAUUUGCCGAACACGCUGACCAAAUUGUGCGUUGUUAAAACAGCUUAAAAAAAAAAAAAAAGCUAAUGAUCCUCUGUGGCCAAGUCAUGCUCUCUGGUGUAGUAUUUUGGUCAGGGAGUUUGUCAACCAUAGACCUAGUCGGUAUUAGAUAGAACGUUGAGACCCUGCCUGUGGGGAAAACAACCUGUGGUUACCUAGGUUACCCCAUUGGCUCAUAGCAAAAACUUGACCUUUUUCAAAAACAACUUUCUUGUUGUCUGCUUGUUUUAGUCAAUUACAAAACUACAUUUAAAAAAAGUACAACGUCUAAAGAAUACCUUUCAACAUUGUCUGCUCACUAGCAUUCUCACUACUUAGAAAAACAUAAUAUUGUAAGGCUUCCCUCAUGCCCCUUUUCAUGACGAUGCUAGCAGCCACUUGAGUGAGUGCUAGCUAGCUACCGACCGGAACACGAAGCUAGCCAAGACCAACAACACAAACGGACCAUACAGCUACAAGUAGGGAGUGGAGUUACAAACGGACUGUACUAAACAAGUUUCCCACUCUCCCACACCGAAUAGCCUGAAGCCACAGGGCUCUUCUCACAUGCUCUAUUUCCCUAUGUGGAAGCAUUGCAAACCGUAGGUCUGGAUUUUUGACCUGGCUACGUGUACAAUAUGUCUCCUGAGUGGCGCAGUGGUCUAAGGCACUGCAUCGCAGUGCUAACUGUGCCACUAGAGAUCCUGGUUCGAAUCCAGGCUCUGUCGCAGCCGGCCGCGACCGGGAGACUCAUGGGCGGCGCACAAUUGGCCCAGCGUCGUCCAGGGUAGGGGAGGGAAUGGCCGGCAGGGAUGUAGCUCAGUUGAUAGAGCAUGGCGUUUGCAACGCCAGGGUUGUGGGUUCGAUUCCCACGGGGGGCCAGUAUAAAAAAAUAGGUAUUCACUAACUGUAAGUCGCUCUGGAUAAGAGCGUCUGCUAAAUGACUAAAAUGUAAAUGUAAAUGUACAUUGAACAACACAGCAGCUUUUCGGCAUGUUUUGUUAUUUCUGUAUAACAAAAAAUCAACGUCGAAGUUGCCUCUUUUACAAUGGGGGUCAAUAUGAAAGAAUGUUAUUUUUCCCCAAUUUGUAUGCGUGGUCGAGGGGAAUUCCUUAUUAUUACAUAAAUACCGACUGGGACUGUGGUUUGCCAGUGCUGUGAUAAGAUAUUGUGUAAAGUAAUGCAUUUGAAAUUAACUGCCAACAUUCCAUUCAAACAAUGCAGUCAAUCCACAGCCAUACUCUGGCUGAAAUCAGUUCAUGAUAGGAUAUUAUAAACUGGGUGGUUUGAUCCCUGAAUGCUGAUUGACUGAAAGUCGUGGUAUAUCUGACCGUAUACCAUUGGCAUGAAAAAAUGUAAUUUUUACUGUUCUCACUGUUCUAAUUACAUUGGUAACCAGUUUAUAAUAGCAAUUUAUUUCUGUGUAGGCACAAGUAAUUUUGUAGGUAAUUUUGGCAAAUUCAAUUUAUUGGACUGACAUCAAUGUGAAAGUAACCAUUGCAUAAAACAGUUGGCCACAAGGCCGACUUGAAUUGCCAACAUCAAAUUCAAAGCAAUGGCCCACUGCCUAAAUGGCUGACCGGCAAAGCAAACUGUCUGGCACUCACUCUGCUCUCUGAGAGAAAAAUGUGCAGGCUGGCAGCUUCUCUCCGAGCGAUGCCCCCCGUGGUCCUAAAGCCAGCCAUCAAUGUGCUAAACAGCUGUUGCAUUUGAAUCGGGAUUGGAAUGAUUUAGUCUACUUUUUUGUAGCCUACUUUUAAAUGUUUGGUCUUGAGCUAGGGCAUAGUGACUGCCAUACCCAACUGACACCCCUGUGUGUGUGCCAAAUUGCUACAUUGGUGUUGGGUGUUUUAUGUUCUGGCAUAAGGAGAGCACAUACUCACACAGUGAGUUCUAAAGCAGUCAUGUUUUGCAACCGUUAAGGGUCUUCUGUAAUGUUUAUUUUAUGUUUAUCCCCAAAUCUUUAGAGUCGGGUUCCAAGCCUGGGCAACCACCAUCCUUUGAGCAACGGCACUGUGAUGAGGACUUCAUCACACAAUCCAACAUAUCUCCUGAAGACUCAGUGGAACAUUGCCCCAAUUCUGAUGGUCCAGAGGAACCAGGAACACUCCGGCCCGCGUCUACAGAGGUGUUCAGGACAGAGCAGCACAGGCCAGCCGAAGACGAGGACUCACUAGAGCUAGUGAUGGUGAAGGAUGAGAAAGAGGAGGAGCUGGAUCAGACCACAGCCCUGGCAGGGCCUGACCAGUUUGUCAUGGAUGAGACUGAUGGGCAGCUGUGGACCUCUGUGGAUCCAGGCAGAGACACUGGCCACCCAGAUUUCUCCUUUCAUGCCACAGAGGAGUACUCUCAGAAUAUCUCAAUUUUUCCAUCUCAUAGUGGGCUGCCAUCCGUUCCUACUAUGACAGAUGAUGUAGGGCCAUCGUUUCACUCUUCUAUAGGGAAACCACAUGCUAACAUGUUCAGUGCAGCAGCACACAUGAAAAGACAUGUCAGGACAUUGGCUGAUGAGACUAGACAACAGAUGCCAGAGGGACAGAGCAGCGAGAGACUGAACUCAAAUAAUGAGGGAAAUAAUUUAGCUCUACAGCCAAGGCAGCAUCAGUACAGGGCUUCGGAAGCAACAGCGAGAUCGAGUGAGGGCAUGACAGGGUCAAACAUGGCCACCACCUCCACCUUCUCUGGAUACAGCCUGAGUCGCAGUAGUUUUAACAUGGUGAAGAGAAUGAGGACUCAGUGGAGGUCGGGUGGUACCACCGAGAGGCGUUUCAGCUGCACCUUCUGUGGGAAGAGCUUCCAGCGUUUCAGCCAGCUCAAAGAACACCUCCGGAGUCACACCGGAGAGAAACCGUACACCUGCGAACAGUGUGGAAGGAGUUUCACCAAGCAGUGCAACCUGAUCAGACAUGCUGUGGUCCACAGCGGGGAGAAGCCUUACGAGUGCACACAGUGUGGGAAAUGCUUCACCCGGCGCUCCAGUAUGAAGUCACAUCAGAGAACUCACAUAGGAGAGAGUCCAUUGUCUCAACAUGUGGUACCCGCAUACCCUAGGGAUCCACAC